GGGCAGGUGUGAGCAGCACCAGCUGGAGGGGGUGAACUGGCUGCUCUUCAACUGGUACAACGGGCAGAACUGCAUCCUGGCGGACGAGAUGGGGCUGGGCAAGACGAUCCAGUCGAUCGCGUUCCUGCAGGAGGUGCACGGCGCAGGUGUGCGCGGCCCCUACCUGGUGAUCGCGCCGCUCUCCACCAUCGCCAACUGGGAGCGCGAGUUCGGCACCUGGACCGGCCUCAACACCAUCGUGUACCACGGCAGCCUGGCCAGCCGGCAGAUGAUCCAGCAGUACGAGAUGUACUGCAAGGACGCCAAGGGCCGGCUGAUCCCGGGCGCGUACAAGUUCGACGCGCUGAUCACGACGUUCGAGAUGAUCCUGUCGGACUGCCCCGAGCUGCGCGAGGUGCAGUGGCGCUGCGUGGUCAUCGACGAGGCGCACCGCCUCAAGAACCGCCACUGCAAGCUGCUGGACAGCCUCAAGCACAUGGAGCUGGAGCACAAGGUGCUGCUGACGGGCACGCCGUUACAGAACACGGUCGAGGAGCUCUUCAGCCUCCUGCACUUCCUGGAGCCGUCGCAGUUCCCGUCCGAGGCCGAGUUCCUCAAGGACUUCGGCGACCUCAAGACCGAGGAGCAGGUGAGGGGCGCACCUGGGCACACCUGG